AUUAUAGUAAAUAACUCAAAGGUCUGGAAAAUCAAAGUGAAAAAUUUAAAAAAUGGUGUUCGGUGCAUUUGUAGUAAUAGGAAUAGUUUUGUUUACAUCUUAUAAGAUUUUGAAAAAAAUUCACACUCGUCUGGAGGCGCGAGUAUUUCAAGAAUUAUUAAGAGAAACAUAUUUGUUUAAUGAAGGCCCUUAUUUGGAAAGAGGAGGAGGUGAUUACAUUCCGAUAGAUCCAGAUAUACUUUUUAGAGACUUUUUGGACGAACCGAUAAAAAUAAGGGAAAGAUUGGACGAACGCGGAAUAAAAAGAACCAUUAGUUGCAUAGAACUGCCGACAGUUGAGCGUAUUUACCUAAAGCGAGAAUUAAGUGAAUUAUAAGGAAAGAUUAAAAGACGUAAUUAUGGAUAAAAAUAAAAUUGUUAGUUCAUGUUUUAAUUAAACCAUUAUCUAAGAAGUUCAUUUCUUUUAAACUUAAAAGGUAUUCAACUUUUCCUUUAGGCAUUUAAAUGUAUUAUUUACCGUUAAAGUAAAGAAAUUUUAAUCAUUCAAAAGUUUUGAUGCAGUUUGAUACGGAAAUUUUCCACAGAUAAUAUUUUUGUAGCUUGUGCUCAUGGGAAC